UACUUACUCAAAUUGGGUUAUUCACUGGCGUUGGAAGCUAAAAAUCAAAACAGAAAUAAAAAAAAUCCGAAAAAUAAUUAAUUAAAGUAAACCGAAUAACAUUAGAAGCCUUAACUUCAAUGAUGUCGAGUUCAGCUGCCGGGCAAUGGGUAAAAUUUUUCAAUGCUUCCGGCAUCCCUUCUCCAGCUGCUGCCUCAUAUGCCCAUAUUUUUGUGGAGAAUCGAAUACAGAUCGAUAUGUUAAUGGAUCUGAAUAAGGAGUAUCUACGUGAAAUGGGAAUCACUCCCAUGGGCGACAUUAUUGCAAUAUUGAGACAUGCUAAGAAUGUUAGUGAGCAAUCAGCUCGGGAUAAAGUACUCAGCACAGAUGUGGUACCAAUAGCAGCGGUACCCGCAAAUCCCAUUUUGCCUUUAGAAAAAACCAAGAUAAGGCUUAAAUCUACUGCAACAACAGCACAUCCAACUACAUCAUCUGCCGUCGUUGCCCCCAUGCCACCAAUUAAACCUCGUAGAGUCUUGCCAGAACAUGAAGGAAAGUAUAAAAUAAAACUGCCCUCUGGAACAACGGAAAGGAGUAAGCAAAUCUUGGCCAAGCAGGCCAAAUUAUAUUCGGACCGAGAAACUGUCAAAGAAAAACCAACAAUUUUCAAGAGGCUGGCCAUAAAGGAUACCAUAGAGCUUGACGAAGAUUCAAGUGAAUCGUCAUCGGUCAGCUCCGGCAAUGUCAAAGUAAAAAUAACAGGCAUAGGCAAUAAAACACAAACUUCAUCCUCAAUAUUUUCCCGACUGGGGGGAAAGGAAGAUGAUGCAGUUGCAAUGACAAAGCAAAUCAAGCCCAUACUAAAAAACACAGCAAAGAAUAGAUUGUCUACCAUUGUAAAAGCCAAAACCGUAGCUGUGCCAAUUGUAAACCCCAUGAAGCAAAAAGUUUUUCUAGUUAAAAAAGUCCCUUUGAAAGUAGACGCCGAUAAUGAGUACAACGAAAGCGUCGAAGUGUCCGAUGAAGAAAUGUGGGAUGAUGAUGAUAUAGAAACAUCUGGAGGUAGUGAAAAAUUUGUAAAAUUUGCUUCCACAGCCGAAGUUAGAGAAUUUCCCGCUAGAAGACAUAGCUCUCCAAACAAGAAGACAUUUAAUGCCCGUCAAGAUAUGAUGAAAGAAAAGCCCGUUAAAGCCCGUCUGGGCAUGAACUCCAAAUUACAUAGCGUUAAGAAACCCAUCCACUUCAAAGCUCCCCCACCUGCAAAACAGAAAAUAGUACCAAAAAUGAAAGCAGAUUUAAGUCGACGUGAAGUGCCCGUCCACAAACGCUUAGGCACAAAUCCUAAAACAGUCAGUCCAUCGGCAACGGUAUCCUCUAUCUCAAAACGUUUGGGAAAAGUCCAUGUUGCUGGCAAUGCACCAACUUCGUCUAAGUGGCAAAAAACCUCAGUAUUUGACCGCUUGGGUUUUAAUACAUAGUUUAAGAUAUGACACUUCAGUUACUUAAAAUACUCUACAUAGAUUUUAAUUUUCUUAUUUUUAAGUUACCCAUACAUCGUUUUGCCUUUGUGUGAAUGAGGUAAGCGUUUAAAGCUAAGUUUAGUUUUAUUUGUUUUCAACAUAAAUAAAAUCAAUAGACAUACUA